AAUAAGUAUCGAUAAUUGAUUAAUUUUUACCUGUAUUGCUGUGCAUUUCAUUCCUUUGGGUGGACAACAAAAGAGAUUUGUCACCUCUAUCCCCGCAAAGAUAGUGUUGCGCAAUAGAAAGUCAAUAAACUCAAGCAUGAUUCACACGCGCUGUGGCAACAAGGGAAAAGAAGCAUAAAAUCGUGCUGAUGGCGAUGCAGAAAAAGUAAAGUGGGGUAGUGAGAGUGAGGAUAGAAUUAAGAAUGAAAAUCUGAAAUGCAAUUGUUCCGCUUUUGAAAUUUUUCUUUCUUCAACCACACGCGGGAGUCCGCAGACGAGAAACAAGAAAACACAACAGUAAGUGAGAUUAUGGUAAUGACGAGUUGCGGUUUCGUGCGGAAGUUAUUUAGAAUGUAGAUUAGAAAACUGAGAAAAAAUGUUUGCAAACUUUUCUGGAAAGUAGGAAAACUGUAAAGAAAUCAAAUUAUUCAAUUAUAUCUUUUCUUUAAAUAAAAUAUGAAUCUUGAUCUUCUAACAACACUGGUAUCAUGGGUAUCAUAGAGACUAGAUCAGAUCAUUUCGUUCAGAGACAGAAAUACAAUUUAGAGCUGAAAUACGAAGUGAGAAGAUUUAUCUAAAGUUAUUAUGCGUAUCUUCUAACUUUGAGAUCAGCACCAGAAACCGUUUAAUGAGUGAGUUAUCGAAUAGUGUGGAGUCUGAAGAUAUAUCUGGAAUUCUUGUCCUGUAUUUCCUUUAAUUAUACUCUUGAUUAUAUUUUACGUUGCGUCCUGAACUUAAUGGCUUGACUGUAUCAGUUGUAUCUGCGAUGGUGCCUCCACUUUCUAUUUGCACUGUAUCCCAAGCAAGAGUGCACAGAGCAAGAGGAAUGGGGAGGGAGAAGUUGGUGAGAAUUUUGGGGGAAAGAUGUAAAAAUGCGGCUUUUUCUCACCUUAGCGCCUUCUUGAUGUCUUUUUGCCAAUUUUCCAGCUGAUUUAGCAUGGGAGUGUGGAAUGGCCAGUAUAAAUGGGUGCGUCUGCGAGGGCAGUGCAUUUAGUGUUGGGUGAGGAGCGGUGUUGAGAGUGAAUACACAGGUUGAUAGACAGAAGUAUGCUCCUGAAGUGGGUGACAAUUGUGGCACUGGAGUUGCUCCUCGUGAGUCUGGGAGCGACACAGGACCGCAACUAUGAGAGGGACUUUGAGGUGUUUCAAGCGGGCGGCGGUGAUCGAUCCCAGUCCAUCUACUCGCUCUAUGAUGAGGAGGAUCGCCAGAGAGCGCACGGAUUCAGUGGACCACUGGAAGGAUUUGGAUCCGAAUCGAAGAUCACGUAUCUUCCGUACUACCUAUCGCCGGAUGAGGUGAAGAGGAAUUACAGGAGUGCACCGAAAUAUGGUGGGAAUAAUCGUGAGGGGAGCUUGCAGAGCUACGAUGAGUUCUUUGAGAGGAACUUCGGACAGAAUUAUCAGGCGUACGACUCCAAAGCUCCGCUGAGAUCAACUGAGGAGCGCGAGGAGACUGAGCACGAGACGGAGGCUCCGCGAGCAGGACCGAGGAAGUUCAAGAAGGGAGGCAGGAAGGCUAGCUACAAGGCGCAGCCGCGCGAGGAGACUGAAGACAUUCCAUAUGACUACAGCUACGGCGGAUCAUCGUCCUACAAUCCGUCAGAUGAGUAUCAGAGGAUCAAGUAUUUGUCUGAGCAGCAAGCCAAGGAGAUCCAGCAGAAUCCCUCGCACUGCAAAGUCGUGCAGAAGGAGGAAAUGGAGUGUCACAUCUGCCAUGAUCCCAAAUCUGGCGCUAAAUCUGAAUCCUGCUCUUAUGCUUCACGACCAGCAGCCAAGAAAUAUGCGUUCGUGAAAGAGAAGAAGUACAAUAGCAAGGACGAUGAGGAUUCUGAUGAGGACGAAGCUGAGGAGGCGCCACAGCCAAAGAAGAGUGAAAGUCUGAGGUCUGCUCGGCCUCAGAGACGUCCAUCCAAGACCACACCUGCUGAAGUGACUCACGCUGCCCUCACGGCUGCUCCUCGUCGACGACCUGUGAGCCGUGGGAAGAAGGCUAGCGAGAAUCGCCCACAGAGAGAUGUGGUGGGAUUGGAUCCCUAUCUCUAUGGGGGAUCAGAUGACGAUGACGAUGACAACGACGAGGAGGAAGAUGAGGAAGAGGAGCAGCAGAAGCCCAAGAAGAAGCAGAAGACUGCGAAGCAGUCUCAAUUUGGAAAGAUCAAGUCCUAUGAGGAUUACUUUAGCCACGUCUUCCCAGAGCAGCACGGUAGGAAGUCCAAGGAGGCACUGAAGUCGGAGUCUGAGUAUGAAUUCAUUCCGGACUAUGAGCACAAGAAGAACGUCGAGGAAGUGUUGGCGGAAUUCAAGACCAAGGAUUGGUCCAAGUGCAAGAAGAGCCAGAAGGGCGAUCUCACUUGCUACGAGUGCAAGGAUCCCAACGGUGUCCUUCAUGAGGAGUGCAUGUUCGUGUCUGAAUCCAGUCCGCGCAGCAGUCGUCUGACUUACGAGGAGAACAAGAAGUACGCGCAGCCGAAUCCGGAGGAGCAGCAGACAGAGGAGCCCCAAAGCGACGAGGACGACUAUGAGGACGCCGGCGACUCGGCCAGUCAGGUAGUGACUGAGAGAUCGGCCAGACUGCGUCAGAGAGACUCAGCGCCUAAGCCCGAGGAGAGCCUGGACCAGAAGUUGCCCAAGAAGCGCACCAUCAAGCGCAAAGUGACCUAUCGCCACAAAGGCACCCCAGACCGACUGGACAAUGACGAAUCUCGUGUCGUCUAUUACGAGCAGAAGUUCACCCACACGGAAAAUUGAGCCAAUUGCGCCACACAGCCUCUUCCCCCUGACCACUGUUGGGCAACAGCCGGACGCGGUGUCGCAAGUGCACCAAGAAAUACAC